AUGGAGAUUAAGUUCGACUUCGACAACUGGAUAAGAAACACACUUGGUCUGGUGGAGAUAGACAGAACGAAAAGACAGGAAAAUGCGAUAGUAUGCAAGCACUGGCUGCGAGGCCUCUGCAAGAAGGGUGAUGUGUGCGAGUUUCUCCAUGUGUACGCGCUGGAUAAAAUGCCAGAGUGCUGGUUCUUCUCAAAGUAUGGGGAGUGCAGCAAUCAAGACUGCCUGUUCCUGCACAUAGACCCAAAUAGCAAGAGCAAGGAGUGCAUCUGGUACACAAGGGGAUUCUGCCGGCACGGGAAUAGCUGCAGAAACAAGCACUACAAGAAAAGAAUGUGUUUUAACUAUGAAGCAGGAUUCUGCCCGCUUGGAAAGAAGUGUCCAUACGGCCAUCCAAAGUUUGAAACAAUUGGCGCAGACUAUCAGAGAACAGAGCAGCAGUACUCUGUUAUUUCAAAGCCAUCGACCCUUCUUGGGAACUAA